AUGGCAGACGCGACGGCAUUUCUCAUCGAGGUGCGGGCACAGAACCGCAACGGAUGGCAGCAAGAGUUGUGUGCCCUCCUUCACGGUGCGUUGCGCUCUCGGAAUUGUUCUUCUGCAAUAUUGAAGCAUGCGCCCUUUGCUCCACUGCAUCAAAUAGGGAGUGAAAGAAUUGGACCAGCAGGAGGACGCAGGCUCAGACUGGUUCUUUUCUUUCGCUCCGCAGAGACGCCUGGCGGCUGCACGAUGGGCCUCUGCUGCUCUUGCUACGAGGCUCAUUGUGAAAACGUGUGCGACGGAUGCUUGUGUGUGUGUGUGUGUGUUAGACUGGUGGGUGCGGGAGAGGUCUCGCUGGGGAAGUGUGUGCCCAACGCAUGGAGUGGGAGAAAUGCGAAGACACCUGUGCGCUUCCUGUGUCGCAGUCGAGGGACGGAUUCGUCGACGACGCUGAUUUCACUCACAGAGAGACGUGCUUCGACACUACCCAAUGGGUGCUAUAAAGAGUCACGCAACAUGCGAAAAAGAAAUGGAGAUGCAGAGCCAACUCACACUCACACAAGGCGUCAUCUCAACUGCGGUGUGUACUGA